GGACUAUUAUUAGCAUCGGCUGUCAAUCAAACCCGCCCCGAGGCGAUAUACGCUUAAAGCGGGCUGUAUAAUCAAAACAAUUUAGCAUUUUGCGCCUCGAGAUUGCUUGCCGGUUUUAGUUUCAUUAUUUAAUAGCAUCAUAACCAGCAGAAAUGGAGCAGGAAAAGCUGACACAGCUUCCCAUUAGUCGCAUACGAACAGUGAUGAAAACGUCCCCAUCGAUUGGUCCCAUCAACACAGACGCUUUAUUCCUGAUGUGUCGAGCAGCGGAAAUGUUCAUCGAGUACAUUGCGAAGAACGCACACCAGAAGGGUAACAAAACCCUCGACUACAAGCAUCUGGCCGCCUACGUCGAAUCGAAGGCAGCGUUAGAUUUUCUGGUUCAGGUUUUACCUGAUAAGAUUACCGUGAAGGAGUAUAAACAGAUACUAGAGGAGCGGAAGGGCACAGACGAUGAGGAUAGCGACAGUGACGAGGAGAGCAGUGUGGAGGGCGACUCUGGUGGCGAAGAGGAAAAUGAAUCCGAUGAAUCCGGAUCGUCCUCGGCUGAAGAGGGCGAUGUGAUUUCGAUAAAUUCGUCCAGCUCGGAUGAGAAGGAGAACUCUAAGAAUAUUAGCAACAAGAAAACGCUGGUAAAGCACAAGACUGGCGAUUCACCCUAGGAUUAAUUUGCUUUUGUAUCUGUGUUCGUUUUUAUUACCGAAUUAUAUUAGACAUAAAAUAUACUUA